AGGACCUGUCAUGAAGAAGCGAACCCGAGACGCGACCUUUUCCUCCUAAUUUCCUCUUGAUUUCGGGAUGGCCGACCUUUUUAAGAGCGCCUUCGGGUAUUUAGGGUCCAAUGGCACCGCCUCCGACAACGACUUCGUGGGUCAGGAGGUCGAAAUCAACGGCAUUAAACUCAGAAUAAAGAAACAAAUAGCCGAAGGUGGUUUUGCAUUUGUGUAUGUUGCACAAGAUCUCAGCAAUGGCAAAACCUAUGCCUUGAAGCGACUGCUUGGUGCAGAUCAGGUUGCCUGUGAUGCAAUUCGGCAAGAAAUAACAAUAUCAAAACAACUUUCGGGGCAUCCGCACAUUGUAGAUUUUAUUGCUGCUGCAGCCAUUGAUAAAACCCAGAGUAAAGAAAAUCGUAAUGAGUUCCUUUUGCUCAGUGAACUAUGUACAGGAGGAUCUCUUGUGGAUGCUCUUCGCCUCCUGAAUGGCAAACAGCUGUCGGUGCCACAGGUUGCCACUAUCAUGUACCAGACCACCAGAGCAGUCCAGCACAUGCAAGCGCAAAAUCCACCCAUAACUCACCGCGAUCUAAAAGUAGAAAACCUACUCAUAAGUGAAUCUGGUCAUAUCAAAUUAUGCGACUUUGGAUCUGCGAUGACAAAAAUGUAUGAAGUUGACCUUGGCUGGAGUGCAAACCAACGAGGGUUACUAGAAGAAGAGAUGGCGCAGCACACAACGCCAAUGUACCGUGCCCCAGAGAUGCUAGACACAUGGAGUAAUUACCCUAUCAAUGGACAAGCAGAUGUGUGGGCCCUGGGAUGUAUCUUGUACUAUCUUUGUUACCUCAAGCAUCCCUUUGAGGAUUCUGCUAAGUUAAGAAUUAUAAAUGGAAAUUAUGCAAUUCCCACUAAUGAUGCCAAGUAUGAGUGUUUCCAUGAGCUCAUUAGAGGUACCCUGAAAGUUGACCCAAGUGAGAGAUUUAAGGUCUCCGAUAUCUUGGAGAGACUGGCAGCUAUUGGAGAAACCAAAGGAUUUAGUAUGAAAGCUCCCAUCCAGAUUGAGUGCAAGAAGAUCGAUUUGACAACACCAGUUCAUCAACCUGAGAGUAACGGGAGGCUUGGUGAGAGACGCUCAGGUGCCCCAGAUCGACCUCCUGCCAGACCCCCAGCCCCGCGAUCUCCUGUACCUCAGAGACCCCCUCAGCCCCAGAGGCCGCCUCCUCCAGGCUCUCAUCCUCAACAUGGAAUGGUAGGCCAGUCUCAGCAGCAGACGUCUGCAGGUGGAGGUGGCUUGUUUUCAUCAAUUAAGGGCUAUUCAGGAAGUAUAUUUAAAAACAUCAAGGAUACCUCAAGCAAAGUCAUGCAGACAGUGAGCCAAUCUAUCACUAGAACAGACUUGGAUUUAUCACAUAUAACAUCUCGUGUCAUAGCAAUGUCAUAUCCAGCUGAAGGUCUAGAAUCAGCCUACAGAAACCAUGUUGAAGAUGUUAAAGCUGUUUUAGACGGGCGUCACAUGGGCCAUUAUGUGAUCUAUAAUGUCUCUGGGCGACAGUACCACUCAACCAAGUUCAGUGCUAGAGUUGUGGAGGGCAACUGGUCAGGCAAGAAGUCACCAACUCUAGGGGCGCUCUACAACCUCGCUUGUAGUAUUUAUGAUUAUUUAAUUAAGGAUCCCAAAAAUAUUGUUGCUGUACACUGCAUGGAUGGGAAAGCUUCAACUGCAAUGCUAGUCUGUUCCUUCCUCUUAGUAUGCCAUGCAUUUAAGAGACCAGAACAAGCAUUGAACAUGUUUGCCAUCAAGAGAAGUCCUCCAGGUCUGCAGCCCUCACAAUUCAGGUACCUUGAAUAUAUCCGAGAUCUGGUUGCUUCUCCGGCUGUGAUUCCCCAUUUCAAGCCUGUGACCAUCACAUCCGUCAUUGUCUCCCCCAUUCCACUAUUCACACAGAGAAGAGAUGGAGUGAGGCCAUAUGUAGAAGUAUGGCAAGGUGAACACAGGAUGCUCUCAACCCUUCAAGAGUAUGACAAUAUGAAGUUAUACAUGCCUCAAGAUAAUAAGAUUAUUAUUCCAAUCAACAUCCAUCUAGUUGGUGACGUGUGUAUCUACGUGUACCAUGCCCGAAGAAUGAUGGGAAAGGUGAUGGGGGUGAAGGUGGCCCAGCUGCAGUUCCAUACUGGAUUCAUUCCCGAGGAAGAUACCUCCAUUAGAUACAGUCUGCGUGAGCUGGACGAUAUCUGUGAACCUGACCGAUACCCCGAGCGGUUUACUGUGACUGUAAACAUUUUUGUAUCGGAUGUAGACCGCGCACCACCUCAGCCACCACCCUGGGUGGCACGACCUGCUACCUCCUUUAAGCCAAAUGUAGCUUAUUCCACUGCUAUUGAGAUGGAAGAGACGCGGGAUAAAUUUGCAGCAAGUGCACAUGGUUCCCCAGCAACGCAUAGACGGGACUCCUUGCCGAAGCCGGGGAUGAUCGCUUCGGGGGCUAACAAGUCUGACUUCAUGGCUUCACUUAAUUGGGAUAAGGCUCAAGGAGGCACUCAGCCUGGCGAGGACGUAGAGAUGCUGAUAUCAGAUGAAGAGGAAGAAGCUGUGACGCCCCAGCCCCCUCAGAAUGCCCCUGAAGUACCUGAGCCCAAACCCUCCUCCAAAGAAGCCAACCUCUUGGACUGGAGUGGAGCUCCAGAGGCAGAUGUCAGUCAAGCUGCCAAAAGCAUGAACCUCUUGGACAUUGCUGACACAUCAGGCAUGAAGAAAGAUCCGAGCAACUUUGACCUUCUGAGUGGCUUUGGAGGGAGUGGAAAUGAGUCCAACGCUAGUCAUGUACCCGUAAACUCAACCAAGACUGAUAAUGCUCAAGAUAACCUGUUUGAUCCGUUUGGGACGUCUGGCAGCGGAACGGCAGAUCAGGACCUCUUUGGUCAGUUCUCGGGUCCUACCCAGCCGCAGCAGCCCGCCAACCCCUUCGGGCAGUUCGGAGGAUCGGGAAUGGGAGGCAUGGGAGCUAACCCUAUGGCUUCAGCUACUAGUCCUAUCAUGAGCAGUGGUAGUCCCAUGAUGGGGCCCAGGAUGAUGGGGGGAGCAACCAGCCCAGUGAAUCCGAUGGCUGGGGGUUUUGCCCGUCCCCCUGCCCCACCCCAGCAGCAGCCUAGCAAGCCAAGUGAUCCUUUUGCUGAUCUUGGUAAUCUUGCUGGAAUGGGUGGAUGGGGAGGUUCCAAGCCUACAACCCCCAUGGGAGGGACUCCAAUGGGUGGCACACCUCUGGGAGGAAGCACACCUGUGAUGGGCUCACCACAGCAUCGACCUCAGAUGGCUGGUGGUUGGCAAGGUCAGACUCCAGGUAUGAUGGGAUCACAAAUGGGUGGCUGGCAGCAGGGCCCCCGACCACAGCAGACCCAACAGAUGCCCCAGCAGAUGCCCCAACAACCAGCUGCAGCCAAGACCCCAGCUGGAACUCCUCACCACCAGAUGAAGUCACCCUCACAGCCAAACUAUGGAAGAGCUAAUUUUGAUGGUGCAUCUAAGAAUGCAGGAGCAUCAAAGGGAAAAGUUGGAGCAGACACCUUUGAAGAUUUGCUUGGUUCUCAAGGCUUCACUUUUAGCAGUGGCAAGGAUUCAGGCCCUAAAACCAUGGCUCAGAUGAAAAAGGUUGAACUUGCCAAGACCAUGGAUCCAGAGAAACUUAAGGUUAUGGAGUGGACAGAAGGGAAGAAGAAGAAUAUUCGGGCACUUCUCUGCUCCCUGCAUAGUAUUCUUUGGGAAGGUUCUAAGUGGAAUGAAUGUGGCAUGCACCAGCUAGUGCAACAGAAUGAUGUCAAGAAGAUGUAUCGCAAAGCCUGUCUAGCAGUGCAUCCAGACAAGCUUACCGGUAGUGAGCACGAAUCUCUUGCAAAACUCAUCUUUAUGGAACUAAAUGAUGCUUAUUCGGAAUUUGAAAAUGACCCUAAUCAGCAGCAGAUCUUCAAGUAGAGGAAAUCUUAAAUAAUAUAUGAAAAUAUAACCAGGAAAGAUGCCUUUUUUUUCUUUUCUUUUUUAAGAUUAUGGAAUGAUGCUUAAAUAACCAAGAAGUUGAGGUGUGACAGAUCCAAAUAGUUGCACUAAAAAUGUGAUAUUAGAUGUCUCUUUCCUUUUUUCCAUUUGCAACUCUGUUAUUAUUAUAUAUAUUUUAGUAAUCCUUCAUUUUGGAAUGAAGAUACUCUGAGGGUUCAUAGAGAUAAACAAAAAAUAAAAUAAGGAAACCACAAAGUAAUGUUUAUGAUAGUAUACCCCCUUCCUCAUCACCAAAAUAGAGAUAAGAUUAUAAAAAAUCUGUUGGAAACCAAUGGUGUAAAUAAGCCCUCAUAUUGUGUAUGUAAUACUAAUAUUUUUAUUCUUACUGAGAUUUCUUUUUUUUAAUGCUUGCAUUUAUAACAUUUAUGAAUUUGUACUUCUUUUUUCUGUGACUUUUCUUUUUUUUGAUCUGGUAUGGUACUUCUGUCUGUUUUCCUUAAGAUAAUUUUCCUUUCAUGUCUUUAAUUAAAGAAACAAAUUUAAAGACAGUUUUUUCCUAAUUCUAAUCCAGUUUUCAUUUAGGGUUCACAUGCAGUAGGCCUAUUGUUUUUUUUUUCUUUUCUUUCCUUCCUUCCUUCUUUCCUUCCUUCCUUCCUUCCUUCUUUCCUUCCUUCCUUCCUUCCUUCCUUCCUUCCUUCCUUCCUUCCUUCCUUCAAAUUACCCAUUGGUUCAUUUUCAUAAAGUUACCACUUGUUGUGUUCUCCUGGUCAGAUACUGUCUCUGGCAAAAUGCAUUGUAUGUGUGUCCUGAUAAGGCAAAGUAGUUUCAAGGGAAGAAGCUUCCAUUUCCUGAGUCUAGCAUGGACCAUAUUAGCUUUCUUGGUAUCCUAGGACAAGAGGGAGUGUCAUGGUGUUACACCCUUAGGCAAGUCAUGUCUUUAGGGUGCCAGGUAUGACACAUUUGAUUUAGGCAUGGAAUGGGGCUCUGUACUGGCAGCUUAAUGAGUUGGAUGCCUGAGACAAAAGUCUUAGCUGUUACCUGUAUACUUUUCAAUUACGAGGAAGUAUAUUCCAGAGUUUUAUCUUUUAGUCAAUUUUCUGUUGGCUUACUAAAAGAUAUAAUUUAGAUCAUGAUCAUUUGUAUAGUGAGGAUUCAUUAUUUGUUGAUUCUGAGUUGAUCUCCUUUUCCAUAAAGUAGAUUAAUAAGUGAAAGAAAAUACUGCAUCUUUGAUAUAUGAAAAAGAAUACAUUGAUACAGCAUGAUUAGGGAUUUCAGUAUUAUUUGCAGUAGAUAUUGGAAACAUAUAACAUGAAGAAGGGAAGGGCUUCCCAUUGCGGAAGGAUACACAUAAUCAUACAAUUUUUUUCUUUAUCUGUGGAUUUAUAAGCUGAAGAUUUUUAAUUUACGGAUAGCAAUGAGAGGAGGCAUUAAAUAUGAAAAUAAGACUUGUAGGCAGAGGUUUACUGUAAGGAGUAAAUGAUAGGUAUAGUGAAAGUCCACAUAGCCACUCUAUUGCUAUAGCUGUGACGCUUUGAAUAAAUUUCUGUAGGAACGUCAGAGACAAUUAUAGUUGUUAAUUAUCUGUGGUUUGUAAAGUAGUCAUUAACAGAGCUGUUGAAAUUAAUGUAAGGAAAUGUAUGUUUCUAUAUUGAUUUGCAUUGAAUGAGUUGAUGUGAGAGUAUAUAUUUUGGUGAAUUUUCAUAUGCAGAUACAAAUACAUGAAGACAAGCAAGCAUAUAUAUUGUUUUGUUUGUUAACAUACAAAUAGAUAAAAAUUCAAACCAGAUUAUAAUUUUAUGAAAGGACUAAUUAACUACACAUACACACAUAUAUUACAAAACAAUUACAUGCAAAAGAACACUCAUAUUGACACAGAUGGAAAGGAAGUUGUGUAUGUAGUAUGGAUGUGUGUGUGUAUGUAUAUAUAUAUGUGUAUAUGUAUAUAUGUAU